CUCUGCGCGACCAACACUAUCGAUUGUUGAAAUAAAAAUAAUCGAGUCCGACGACUAUCGACGUACGCAGAAUUGUAAACCAGAAGUUAAUUGCAAAUAAUACGAAUAAUAAAACGCUCCGCGAAGAUUAUUAAUUAAAAAUGACUGGUCGUGGCAAGGGGGGUAAGGGGAAGUUGGGGCGCGACAACGCGACCGACGAUCAAGUCGAUUUAGUGUACGCGGCUGAGAAAAUCAUCCAAAAGCGCGUUAAGAAGGGUGUCGUGGAGUACCGCGUAAAGUGGAAGGGCUGGAACCAGCGCUACAACACCUGGGAACCGGAGGUAAACAUCCUGGACCGCCGCCUCAUUGAUAUCUACGAACAAACGAACAAAUCCUCCGGAACUCCCUCCAAGCGAGGCAUAAAGAAAAAGGAAAAGGAACCCGAUCCGGAGCCGGAAUCCGAGGAGGAUGAGUACACGUUCACCGGAGACGAUGUGGACACCCAUCAAGCCACCACCUCAACGGCUACCCACGAUAAGGAGUCGAAAAAGGAGAAGAAGCACCAUCACCACCAUCAUCACCACCACAUCAAGUCCGAACGCAACAGUGGACGGCGCUCGGAAUCUCCGCUGACCCACCACCAUCAUCACCACCACCACGAGUCCAAGCGUCAGCGCAUGGAUCACAGCUCCUCCUCGAACAGCAGCUUUACGCACAACUCAUUUGUCCCCGAGCCGGACAGCAAUUCCUCCAGUUCCGAGGAUCAGCCACUGAUUGGCACCAAACGCAAAGCCGAGGUGCUCAAGGAAUCAGGCAAGAUUGGAGUGACGAUUAAGACCUCGCCAGAUGGCCCCACAAUUAAGCCUCAGGCCAGCCAGCAGCUAAAUCCCAUCCAGCAGCAGCCCUUCCAGGAUCAGCAGCAAGCGGAAAAGAUUGCCAGCGAGGCAGCAACGCCACUGAAAUCUGAGCUGCAGGCCACCCCAUUGGCCACAGAAGCCAUAAACACAACGCCCGCAGAAUCUGGAGCCGAGGAAGAAGAAGUAGCAAACGAGGAAGGCAACCAACAGGCGCCACAGGUUCCUUCCGAGAACAAUAACAUACCAAAACCGUGCAACAACCUGGCCAUCAACCAGAAACAGCCGCUUACUCCUCUUUCGCCGCGUGCCCUGCCGCCGCGCUUCUGGCUGCCGGCCAAAUGCAACAUAUCCAACCGGGUGGUGAUCACAGAUGUCACCGUAAACCUAGAGACCGUCACCAUACGAGAGUGCAAAACGGAGCGGGGUUUUUUUCGGGAGCGCGACAUGAAGGGUGAUUCGUCGCCAGUAGCUUGAGCUUCGACCCAAACAAAUGUCGGGAAAACGAAACGGAAAACUGAUACAAUUGUAAAUAGACAAACCAAAAUGCGGGAAAGUUGAGAGGGGAAUUAUCCAGAGAAAUCCACACUAAAUGUUGCUAAGCAUUUUCUCUUUAGGACCUAAUUUAUUUAUUGUAUUUAUUUUUAGCGUAGGUUUUAGUUUGUUGUUUUAUUACAAUGUUUAAUGUGCAAGAGUAGUUCGAGCACGCGCAAGUCGAACAUUUACUAAAUGCCUUUAUAUAUACACAUACAACUUCGAUAAUUCGUUUAUCAGCUUUCAAAUAAUUGAAUAUUUUCCUAUUUAAAUUUAAACUUCUAUUCUUUUUUCUGCAAAUCGCACUUUAAGAUCUGGCUGUCAUUUAGUGAAUGGGCGAAUUGAUGCGACUGCUUAACUUGCCAAUGCAAUAGAUUGUAAAACCAGCAUCGUAGAUAAGUAGGUAUGUACAUGCUACAUAUGUUUAUUUACCACAUAUUGUAUAUUUUUUAUAACACUUUGAAUCUGAUUGAGAACAACACAAGACACUCAAAUGCUAAGAAAACUCCAUGCGAAACAGAAGCAAUUGUUGAUUACGCUUACAAAUAUAUACAAUAGAAGAUGCAUAUAUUCGAGUAGUCACCACGGUUGCCAAGUUGGCUAUCCCAAUGUUGUAAUUGUUUAAUAUUAUAUUUCCUCGCGCCGACUGAUUUUACAAAAGAGAGCCCCAAAAACUUAUAUACAUAUGUAGAUUUAAAAAUAUUUUUAGAAUUUAGCUAACCACAACCUCUACGUAAUAUUUAUUUUAACUUGUUCUAUUAACAGUCAUUCAAGGCUCAAGUGCUGACUUUAUGGGUUCAGAGCGGUGCAGUGCACAGAUAAUUCCAAAUCGAGCCCAUAGACUUAUUACUUAAACCCUAUGAUUAUUACACUAUUUUUUCACGCUUUGCAAAAGAAAACUCCGUGGGAAUUGCGGGGAAUUUACAAACUCUUAUCUAUUCCUCAUGGUUUCCGAGCGUGUUUUCAUUUGUCUUAGCUUUUUAUUGGCCAGUUUUAGUUACGGCGUAAAUUCCACACAAAUAAGCAACUCAAAGCGUAUAUUUUGAAGUUUUUAAUAUAGUGUUUAACUUUAAUGUUAUUGCCGGUAUCGAUUGUAAAUAAUAAAUUAAAUAGAAA